GAACAAGACCAGGAGUGGCUGGAGAGGGAGAGGCUUGCCCAGCAGGAAUUCAGACUCCGGUGGGAGAGGGAAGAAGCUGCAAGGAAGAGACAGGAGGAAGAGGAGGCGAGGAUAAAGCAGGAAUGGGAGGCCCAGCAGAGGAGAGAGGAAGAGGAGAAGGAGCAGAAGCAACAGGAGAAGAGAGACAGAGAGGAAGCUGUACAGAAAAUGUUGGACCAGGCUGAGAGUCAGCUGGAGAAUGGGGGUCCCUGGAGAAACCCUGAGGCUCCAGAUUUUGGUAUCAUGCAUAGAGAUCGUGUGUGGUGCUAUAGUGCUUGCUGCCCCUUCUUCCUCAAAACUGGAGCCUGCCGCUUUGGCGACAGGUGCUCUCGUAAGCAUGCACCCCCGUCCAGCCCUACUCUGAUGAUCCGGGGGAUGUUUGCGACUUUCGGGAUGGACCAGAGGUCACGGGAUGACUACGAUACAGACGCCUGUCUGGAGCACAGCGAGGAGGAGGUGCAACAGCAGUUUGUGGAUUUCUACGAGACGGACUUCCUAGUUCGGACUGCUGGCAAGGUGGUGCAGUUUAAGGUCAGCUGCAACUUUGCACAUUUGAGAGGAAAUGUUUAUGUCCAGUUUGACAAAGAGGAGCAGUGCAGAGAGGGCUUCAUGAUGUUCAAUGGAAGAUGGUACGCUGGUAAACAGCUCCAGUGUGAGUUCUCUCCUGUCACCAGAUGGAAGACUGCUAUAUGUGGCUUGUUCGACCGACAGAAGUGUCCGAAAGGAAAGCACUGCAACUUCCUGCACGUGUACCGUAACCCUGGAAAUGAGUUCUGGGAGGCGGACAGGGACCUGCACAUGUCCCCCGACCGGGGAGGAGGGGGUACCGGGUCUUUCGCUGGGGGCCGGUUCUCUGAGAGGAGUAACCGCUCCUCCUGGACCGAGAGGUCACAGAGCCGACGUGGGGAGAGAAGCAGGAGGAGUAGGAGCAGGGAAAGCAGAAUAGCCCAAAGGAGAGCUAGUGUUCAGAGUGACAGAUCCUGGACCAGUCGUACCAGCACAAGACCCAGGUCGAGGAGUAGGGACAGAGAUAGGAGAGAUAGGAGAGACAGGAGCAGAGAUAGGAGGGACAGAGAUGGGGACAGAGGCAGGAGCAGGGACAGAGACAGGCGGGAUGGGAGUAGAGACCGAGAUGGGAGCAAGAGAGGGGGGUGGAAGGGUUCACCCACAGAGGCUAGUAGGGGGAGAUCCAGGUCAGCCAGCCCCGGAGAGUCCUCCAAAAGGAAGAGACAGUGGAGCAGGAGCCCGGGAGAGUCCUCUAAGAGGAAGAGACAGGGGAGCAGGAGCCCCGGAGAGUCCUCCAAAAGGAAGAGACAAGGGAGCAGGAGCCCUGGAGAGUCCUCUAAGAGACAGGGGAGCAGGAGCCCCGGAGAGGCCUCUAAGAGACAGGGGAGCAGGAGCCCUGGAGAGUCCUCUAAGAGACAGGGGAGCAGGAGCCCUGGAGAGUCCUCUAAGAGGAAGAGACAGGGGAGCAGGAGCCCCGGGAAAACAUCCAAAAAAGAAAAGCAGCCAGCCGACGACAGCAGCGCCACAGCUCCAACACGCCACAAACACUCCAAAAAGAGCAAAAAGAAGAAGAGCAAGAGGAGGAAACCCAAGAAGGACAAAAAGAGCCAGUCGCCUGGGGGUCAGAGUUCAUCUGCAGAGUCAGGGAAGGAGUCUUGGGACGAGGUGAAACCCUCUCCAAACCUUGAUGUAGACAGCAGUACACGGACUCCUCAUGAUGUAGACUACACUACCCAGAAGACUGUGGAUGUAGACACCACUACCCAGGAGACUGCCAGGGUAAAUGCCAUACUUAGUCUCAUGUUGUCGGAGUCUCUUGAUAAUGCCAAUGCAGUCACUUCAGACAUACAGACCCAGGUCAAGGAGGAGGCUGAGGAUCCCUGUCCACCUAUUGUCCCCUCUCAUAGCCCUGGGGAUGUGGACAUCGCUCAGACUCCUGGGGCCACGGACAACAGUACUCCUGAGGCAAACGCACUCUCCCCAAACCUCCAUAGUAUCUUCCUCAAGCAGGAGUAUACCUCUCUACCCAGUGUGCCUGAAGAGGAAUGUGAACAGGAUUGCCCUGACGAUGAUGAACCAUAGUGGAAUUAAAUUAGUGUUCUGUAUGGACUUCACCAUGACUGCUAUGGCCAUUUUGAAGUGUACACUGUUUAUGCAUUUCAAUGUUCACCAAUGCACUGCUCAACCUAGCUUUUACAAAUGUUAGUUUGUUCCAAAUGUAAGAUGUGACCAUUAAAUGUUUUUAUACAUUAUGUA